GCCAGAAACCACAACUUUCAUAGGCUCAACUUACUGGGGGUUCUUCGAGCACAUUGUGAUAAUGGCUUUUGUUCCAUUCUCUCUCUUUACUCUUCUAGUCCUCUUUUCUCUUUUACUGAAUCCAACCUCUGCCUUCAACCCCAAGCUGCUUAAUGUCUCUAAGCUUCAAUCUAGCACUAGUUGGUCACCUGCGGGUGCAACCUGGUAUGGAAGCCCCACAGGUGCCGGGAGUGAUGGGGGUGCUUGUGGAUAUGGAACUGCCGUAGACCAAGCACCAUUCUCUUCAAAGGUGUCUGCUGGAGGCCCUUCUUUAUACAAUUCAGGCAAAGGAUGUGGAGCUUGUUAUCAGGUGAAGUGUACGGCGAAUCAGGCAUGCUCGGGGAAUCCGGUGACUGUCGUUAUCACUGAUGAGUGUCCCAGUGGUCCAUGUGUCGCAGAGUCUGUUCAUUUUGAUUUAAGCGGUACUGCCUUUGGAGCCAUGGCAAUUUCUGGUCAAGAAGAUCAACUACGCAAUGCUGGAGUCUUGCAAAUUCAAUAUACAAGAGUUCAGUGCAACUAUCCAGGUGUGUCGAUAGCCUUUCACGUUGAUUCUGGCUCCAACUCCAAUUACUUUGCUUCCCUAAUUGAAUAUGAAGAUGGAGAUGGAGACGUAUCUGCAGUUGACCUCAAACAGGCAGUUGACUCGAGCACAUGGCUUUCCAUGCAGGAAUCAUGGGGUGCAGUUUGGAAACUUAAUUCAGGCUCAACAUUGCAAGCUCCUUUCUCCAUCCGCUUGACCUCGGCCGUGUCCGGAAACACUGUUGUAGCUAACAAUGUCAUUCCAGCUGGUUGGCAACCAGGCCAAACUUAUCGAUCAGUCGUCAACUUCUAAUCCUAAAUAAUAUGCUUGCCUUUGGUCCUAGCUAAAGGAGGUGGAAAAAAACCAAAGAUAAUGAAAAAUAUUUGUAGCUUUAUAUUUACGGUGAAGAUGAAUUAAAAGUCAGGUUAUAGUUAAAUGACUUUAAGUUUGUCUUUGUACCCCUACUAUGAAUACUAUAGACUUACCUUCUGGGAAAAA